AUGGGAACCGAGACCACUGUGUCGAGGGUGCAGUCCUCAGCCACCCACCUCAUUCAACGACAAACUCACACCCAAAGAACCACCAACCAUGGCCCCCGGAGAACGUCAAUCAUCCAGUCUUACCAAGUCGAGAUCGAGGAUGGCGAUGACAUCGACGACGAUGUCAUCAUGCAAGAUGAGAUUGAGAUUACGAGAGUUCAGAAGAUCAGACAUAUCCGACAAGUUCAGGGGAUAUCAUGCCAGUCUAAUAGAACCACCUUACCUACCAGACAGCCAACAGCCGCACACAUCAAUCUCAAUCCAGGCAAUGAUGUGGAAUUGCAGGACGGGUCGUUUCUCCGUAUCGAGUCCACUGGCAUUGACUUUUUCAACCAACCCUUUAUUCAGGGAAAGAGACUACUCCCUCACACUGCUGAGGAGCUGCUCAUGCCAGAAAUGGAGGGUGAGCUAACCUGGGUUAUGCGGUUUGACGAAAAUACUGGCACCGAGGAGUACCAGAACAAGGUCGGGUUUAGCCCUUCACACGUUCUCCGGAACUGUAAGGUAUUGUUUACAAACCAGCUGUAUGCGGACCUCAAUGUUGGCCACAGUAUUGAGACAUUUCAUAACGUGCCAGUAUAUUUCUGUCGCUGGAAAUGCAGUCUCCCACCUGUUGACUUGAAGAGAAAGCACAACGAGCCUUACCGGCAUAAGAUAGGCAAGAUUGAGCAUUUGCGAGAACACGAGGCAGACAGCCUGACCAUAAUCUCUCGCACUCUCAGAAAGCAUGUUCAACUUCGUAUCCCGGACUCCGAAAUCCGCAAGAGAUGGCGCGGUGCUGAGUUCGCCCAGGACUGGCUAGGAAGCCACAAAACAUAUCAGAUCAAUGAAGAUGGGGAUUUUGACGUUCGGAGGAAGUACACCUUCGGAGAUUCGUUCUGUGGAGCUGGUGGCACGACCUGUGGAGCAGUCAAGGCUGGCCUGGUACCGAAAUGGGCGUUUGAUCUGGACGAAACCGCCAUACGUACGUACUCGUUCAACUUUGAGGAGACCGGGGUCCAAGCACGACGAGAGCACGUCUCAGACUUCCUCGCAGCAGCCAAGCGAUGGCUACGAAGGUUCAUUGUCGACAUCGCACAUCUCAGCCCUCCAUGCCAACCGUUUUCGCCGGCGAAUACGACACCCAACGAGCAACUGAAUGAGAAGAACCGGGCUGCUCUGACAAGCGUAGACGAUAUACUGCGACUAUGCAAACCAAGACUGGCGACAUUGGAGGAGGCAGCCGGCAUGGAGCAUCCCAAGCAUCAAGGUUGGCUUCGCAAGCUGGUGACCAUGUUCAUCGACAACGGAUACAGUGUGCGCUGGAAGAUUGUGGAUCUCAAACGCUUUGGGGUGCCGCAGACUCGAGACCGAUUGAUUGUCAUUGCUUCCGGCCCAGGGGAGAAAUUGCCGCCGUUCAUCUUGCCUACCCACGGUCUCGAGGCUGGUCUGAAGCCAUUCCCAUCCAUUGCCUCGGCGAUCUAUGACAUCGACCCUUUGGCGGUAGACCAUGACAUACCGCGCUCCUUUGAUGCGCCUAAGCGCGCAAUCGAUGCAGCCGGACUCGCGGGCACAAUCACCACCGGCGGUGGAGGGGACAAUGUCUACCACCCGAGUGGCCUGCGAUCGUAUACCGUCCGAGAGCAUGCUUGCUUGCAGACGUUUCCGCCCGAGUUCCUUUUCGCUGGCACGCCCACGCAGCAGCGGCGUCAAAUCGGCAAUGCAGUGCCCCCGGUGUUUGCUGCCGCUUUGUUUGGGCAUCUGCGCACAUGUCUGGAACAGGCAGAUCUGGAGGAGAUGAGGCAGAGUAGGCUGGGCUAG